CCGUCUCCCUAUUACUCUAGCCAAUGUAGAUAAGUGAACAAAUGCUUGUUUAAUAGCAUUACUUUCAGGUUCCUUUGACACAAGGUUUCACCUCGAUAUGAAAUGUAUUCAGUAUAAACAUGAUAAAGUUAAUACUAAAACCACUCACAGUGUAAAUAUUUUUCAGAAAACAAACUUAUCAGAGGAGACCAAGGAUAUUUUGAAGGAGCUGUUUGCCCAAGGCAUGGACUCCAAAGGUAUAACAAGCAGUGCGCUGCACAACAAGGCUGUUGAAAGAACAGGACUGCCGUUACAGGUUAUCAAGGACUGGAUUGGCAAUUAUAAAAAAGUCGUGGAGGGAAGGAAAUAUGAAGCACAGCCACGGACAUUAUACCUCAAAGGAAUGACUGGGUAUAAUUGUUUUGUUAGAGAGAAAAAAGAUCAAUUUAAUGACAUAGCAGACUGGGCACCUGCCUGGAAUUUGUUAGGGCAGGAGGAAAAGGAGGAAUACAAACAGAAGGCCAAAGAAAAGCCAGUGGUACCACCUCAACCACAACAGAAAGAUGCCUUUAAAAGGCUUAAGAUUAUCAGAGAACAUAUUGUUGAACUUGAAAAGCAUAGUGUAGAUGUAGCUCUGGUAGGCAUUGACACCAACACUGGAUCCCAGAUCCUUUUAGGAGAUGGAAAAUCUGCUGCCUUCCUUAAAUCAGAGGACAUCCUGCAGAAUUUGUUUGCUUUUCAUUCACUAGGAACCAAAGAAGUACCAAAAGACUUAAAAAGUCUUCAACAGGAGGCUCAAACCCACAUGAACAAGUUGUAUUCAAAAGCAGUGGGGAAAAAACAAGCUUUCCCAUACACCAAAGUUAAAAAAGGAAACAUACAAGUGAAUGGUAUCCCCCUUGAUGUUCUCCCCCUAGUACCUAUGUCAAAUUAUGGGGAGAAAAAAAUGAAAAUGAUAUUAAACAUAAAGGAAAUUUCGGUAGAAGUGCCCACAUCUCCUGAAUAUGAGGUAUUAUCAUUACCAGUUGACAAUGCUAUAGAAACAGAAUUGAAUAUGAAGGUGCAGAAGGCUGUUGAGGAGGAUAACUUGAUUGAACCUGGAAGUGAAGAACUACUCUAUAAUUUACUGGUGACUCCUGAGUUUGAAGAAAACAUUUAUUCUCUUGCAUCACCAGCAGUCACACACAUACUCCCAUCACAACCAGUCACACAUGCACUCACAUCACCAUCAGUCACACAUACACUCACAUCACCACCAGUCACACAUACACUACCAUCACUACCAGUCACACAAACACAACCAAACAAAACAACAGUCAAAAAAUCAUUAAAAAACCCAUCAGCCAAACAAACAUUCACACUAAAAAAAAAAACAGCCAAACAAACACUCACACUAAAAAAAACACCAGUCACACAUACACUCACAUCAACACAAGUCACACAUACACUACCAUCACCACCAGUCACACAAACACUUCCAUCACCACCAGUCACACAUACAUUCACAUCACCACCAGUCACACAAACACUUCCAUCACCACCAGUCACACAUACAAGCACAUCAUCACCAGUCACAUAUACAGUACCAUCACCACCAAUCACACAUACAGUACCAUCACCACCAGUCACACAUACACUCACAUCACCACCAGUCACACUAGCACUCACUUCACCACCAGUCACACAUACACUCACUUCACCACCAGUCACACAUAAAGUACCAUCACCACCAGUCACACAUAUAGUACCAUCACCACCAGUCACACAAACAGUACCAUCACCACCAGUCACACAUACACUACCAUCACCACCAGUCACACAUACACUCACAUCACCACCAGUCACACAUACACUCACAUCACCACCAGUCACACUAGCACUCACGUCACCACCAGUCACACAUACAGUACCAUCACCACCAGUCACACAUACAGUACCAUCACCACCAGUCACACAUACACUCACAUCACCACCAGUCACACAUACACUCACAUCACCACCAGUCACACAUACAGUACCAUCACCACCAGUCACACAUACACUCACAUCACCACCAGUCACACAUACACUCACAUCACCACCAGUCACACAUGCACUCACAUCACCACCAGUCACACAUACACUCACAUCACCACCAGUCACACAUACACUCACAUCACCACCAGUCACACUAGCACUCACAUCACCACCAGUCACAAAUACACUCACAUCACCACCAGUCACACUAGCACUCACAUCACUACCAGUCACACAUACACUCACAUCACCACCAGUCACACUAGCACUCACAUCACCACCAGUCACACAUACACUCACAUCACCACCAGUCACACUAGCACUCACAUCAGCACCAGUCACACAUACCAGCAAAAGACCAAGGGGGACAGCUGCUAACAGGACAAAAGCCACUAAAAAGAGAAAGAACAACAAAGAAUGGGGAGUGAAAGGCAUCAUUGCCACGAGAAAUGUCGGAAACUCACGAGAGUACCUGAUUCAUUGGGAUGGAUUUAACCAUGACCAUGAUUCAUGGGAGCCAGAAUCUAAUCUGACUCCAAGUCUAAUUGGACAGUUUUUUUCCAAUAAAAUUUGAUUUAAA